AUGGAUCCACAAACCGAAAAAGAAGUCUCUGCGCGCCAUGUAUUAGCUGCAACUCAACAAGAAUAUGGAAAACCAGUCGAUCAAUUUCUGCAGAAACUGCACAGCUUCGCUGGUGACUGUAACUUCUUGUCCGUUUCUGUCGAAAAGCGUCGUGACGAUGCUAUCCGCAAUGCUUUCAUCACAGGACUAAUGUCCAAUAACAUUUUCCAACGACUCAUGGAGAAAUAA